GGCGGCAUCAACAGCGCACUCUAAAAACAGUCGAGCCGAAGAUGGCGACGUGCGAGUGGCGGUGUCGGUGCGGUGUUUAAGAGAGAGGACCAUGUUGUUACCGCAGUGUUCGCAGUGUUUCCAUAAUCCGCGUUGAGUUCGGUGCAAAUGUAGGAAUGUCAGAAGCUAAAAGGGUACCUUUGCAGACCUUGGAGUUUCCGGAGUCCUUGGGCUACGCCACAAAAAAGGAAAAAAAAGGGGAAAAGGGCAAACAGCUCGCGCCCUCCUUCCGCUUUACACUUACCCUGCCAGAGUCGAACGAGAAGGCAUGUCCUGAGUUCAACUAUGCACAACUCCUCAAAGCAGCCGAGAAAAAACGUAGGAAAGAAUUGAAACGGGGAGAUGAAAAUGCCAGCAAUGGAUUAUCUUUCGAUGACGAUGAUGAUGAUGAUAAGCUUCGAGAUAUGGCAAGACGGUUUGAAGCGAAAUAUGGAACUUCUACUAUGGGCAGGAAACGACAUAAAUAUGAUGAUUAUGUGGAUUUGGGAGCUGGAUAUGAUGAAAAUGAUUCUUUUAUCGACAAUACCGAUGCAUAUGAUGAAAUUGUACCAGAAGAGAUGACCACAGCACAUGGAGGAUUUUAUAUUAACUGUGGAGCUCUUGAAUUUCGGACAACAGAUCGGCAUUUAUUGGUUCAUAAUAAUAACAAUAAUAAUAAUAAUAAUCAAAGUAAUGACGACGAAAGUAGUGAAAGUAGUGAAGAAGAUACAGAGGAUGUGGAUAGUCCAAAAAGAUCAGAAAAACGAAAUCUUAGUUCAUCAGAUGAAGAUGAUACUGAAGAUAUCACUGGUGAUCAACCAAGAAAUAAAAAACAAAAGAUAGAUGAAAAUGGUGAAAAGAAACAGAAUCAUGAAAAUAUUAUUAAAAAGAAGAAGAAACAACAAAAUUCUCAAGAUCAACAAAAUUUUCAACAAGAUAGAGAUACUUUAAGCAGACGGAAAGAAAAAGGAGAAACUACAGAUGCUGAAGUUUCAGAAGAUCAAGAAGAUAAAAAGAAAUCUGAUAAAAUAGAUACACAAAAAAAUAAAAAUACAUCAGAUAAAAAAUUUGAUAUAAAAAAAUUUGAAAAAAAGACAUCAAAUAGUAAUGGUUAUGAUACAAAAAAAUUAGAGCUAAAAAAAUUAGGUGGUAAAGAUAGUAACAUUGAUGAUGCAAUAGAAAGUGUAGUUAAUGCUGCAAGAGUUGAAGAUGAAUCAAGUAGAGAUACAACAGAUUCCGGUAAAUCUCGGUGUAUAGGUACAGAAUCAGAAUGUGAUGAUAUCGAUAAAGAAGAAGCACCAUUACCUGAUUCUCUUCCAGAAAAUAUUGUAGAAAUAGUUAAUAAGUUAAAAGCAUGUGCUGAAAACAAUAAAGAAGGAAAAGCUAAAUUUUUUAAUGCAGCAGUGAAUGCAUUAUUGUUGAGUUUAGAGAAAAAAUUGAGGGCACUUCCUUCUUCGAGUUUAAGAUUAGAAACAUAUGGUCAUCUCGCACGAUUUUUACCAUGUAGUAAAGUAGCACUUCAAAAUAGAGCAAAGAAAUUAUUUGUGCAGGAUGUGGAUUAUAAGACUAGAGAUCUUAUAAAAAGGCUAAAAACAGUGAUUGAUGAAAUAAUGCCAUCUGUAGUAUGCAAAUAUGUAGAUGAAUGCCAAAAAGUGGCUGAAGGAAAUCCUCAUUUAUACUGGGAUAUAUACCGGUACUGUUGGGAAAUAGAAGGCUCGCCUGAAGAUGUUGAGAGUUCUGAUGACGAGGGUGUUUGUGAAGAUGCAGAUAAAUCGAAAAUUCCUAGGAAGCGAUUUCCUUGGACUGAAGAAGCAAAAAAACUUGUUUCUGAAAUCGCAAGUAUAAAGAGUCAAUGUUACAAUGUUUUAAGACCAAGAAAAUUAGAUAUGUAUACUUAUGUUGGAUCUUUUAUGGUUCGUCAAGUAUUACCAUUAUGGCCACGUGGCUAUAUGACCACACAUGCUUUAUUAAAGUUUGUUGGUGAAGCUGAACCUACUACAAAAAAGAAAACAAAAAAAUUGAAAGAAGUUGGUAAUGGUAAUACUACCAGUUCAGAAAAUGUGAUCUACAAUUCUGCGAGAGUUGAAGCAUCAAGUAUAAGUGCUACUUUUUCACAAGAGAAAGUCUCAGGAGGUGCAUCUAAAAUCCAAAAUGUAACAGAAAAUUCUACUAGUUACAAACAAGGAACUACAAAAUCAAGUGAUAGUAUAGAGAAAAAGCAACAUAGUAUAAAGAAUAAAGAUAAAACUAAAGACACUGGCAAUUCGGGACAAUAUCACGAAAAUUCAACAGUUUUAUCUAAUAAUUCCAGUGUAGGUAAAAUUUCUGUUGUGCCUACAGCUCAAUUAAUGGCUCAGAAACCUAUUAAAAAUCAAAUGGAGAAAAUUAAUUUAAUGGACCUAGUUAAUAGUUCUCUUUCUAUUACACCAGUUAAUGAUUUUCAUAAAUCAUCUACGAAACUGAAUGAAAAUAAAAAGGAUAUAGUUUCUAUUACUGCUUACUCUGAAACUUCAAAUGUUCUUCCAAAUACAAAUGAAGUGCCUCAAAGUGGACAUCAUUCCGUACACAGACAGGAAGCUUCAUAUUCAUGUACGCAAUCACAACAUUCUAAUUAUUCCACAUCAAAUCAAUCAUCUUCACUUUCAAAAACGGUAUCUCUAAAACAUAGAUUAUUGAAUGAAAAUACUGAUAUAAAGAAUGAUAAAAAAUUAGAAGAUAAAGAUAUUGAUUUGGUUAAUAAGACUGAAAAAAGAGAUAAAAAGCGGGAGCGAUGUGUUGAAAGUAAACACAAAUCGCAUGAUGUUAAGAAAAAGAAAAAAGAUCAAAAGGUAUUAGAUAAACAAUUAGGAUAUGUUAAUUCGGAUGUAGUGCCUAUACAGCAACAGCAGCAACCAUCACUUACAAAAGAAGAACAAGAACAAAGACAAAAUGAAGAAACAAUUGCUGCUACUAAUUAUUUAAGUCAAAUUUUUAACGACGACGCAUCUUCAAGGGGAAUAUCUGAUAAACGAAAAGACGCUGGACUUAUUUUAGAUGAUUUAGUAAAUAAUGCGGUACAACCGUCAGAACAAGAAAAAGAUGUUCAAAUGGUGAUGAGAUCGUUAAAAGAAUUACAAGAAUUACAAGAAAUGAAAUACUCACCGAGUAAUUCACCAAUUAAUAGUAAUAUACAAAAAUCUAACAAAUCGAAUACACAAUGUGCUACUUAUCAAGAUGAAUAUUCACGCUUAUAUUUAAAAAAAGACGUUAAACUUAAAUCUAAAGAAGAAUCACAAUGGUAAUAUUAUCAGAUAGUGUACACUAUAGACGUAAAUUAUGUUAAACAGGAUGAAAAUGCCAGUGAACAGAUAAUAAUUUCAUAGAGACCUAUAGGCGGAUUUUUCAGUAGAUCUGUAUUAUUUUUGAUGAUAAAUUAGUGUGAAAUU